CCCCUGGGCCGCCGGUGAGGUUGGUGUUCCCUGAGGUGCGGCUGACGUCCGUACGGAUCGUUUGGCAGCCGCCGGAGGAGCCCAAUGGAAUUAUUCUGGGGUAUCAGAUCGCCUACCGGCUGGCCAGCAGCAGCCCUAACAAGUUCACGACGGUGGAGGUUGGCUCUACAGUCAGGCAGUUUACAGCUACAGAUCUCGCCCCGGAGUCAGCGUACAUCUUCCGAACAUCUGCCAAGACCAGGCAGGGCUGGGGGGAGCCUCUGGAAGCCACAGUGAUCACUACAGAAAAAAGAGAACGACCAGCACCUCCCAGACAGCUGAUGACCCCCCAGAGUGAUGUGUCCUCACGGAGUCUGCUGUUGAAGUGGGUCCCUGGAAGUGAUGGAUCUUCACCAAUCCGAUAUUUUACAGUACAAGUGCGAGAACUGCCACACGGAGACUGGCAAACCUACUCCUCUUCCAUCAGCCAUGAGGCAACAUCCUGCAAUAUUGAAAGCUUGAACCCGUUCACCUCUUACAAACUGCGAGUGAAAGCAACCAACGACAUCGGAGACAGUGACUUCAGUGCGGAGACUGAAGCAGUCACCACUCUGCAGGAUGUUCCAGGUGAGCCACCCAGUUCUGUGUUAGUGACUCCCCACACGACUUCAUCUGUUCUUGUGCAGUGGCAGCCUCCCAAAGUCGAGAGUCUGAACGGCUUGCUGUUGGGAUACCGAAUCUACUACCGGGAGCUGGAUUACGACACUGGACCUGGAACAGAAUCCAAAACCGUCCAGAACCCCUCAGCUUUAAGAGCAGAGCUCACACCCCAAAGCAGCUUCAAGACAGUGAACAGCAGCUCUGCAUUAACGACGUAUGAAUUAACACAGUUGAAGAAAUACAAGAGAUAUGAAGUACUGAUGACAGCAUAUAAUGUAAUUGGUGAGAGCCCUACCAGCACGCCAGUGGAAGUGUUUGUGGGUGAAGCAGCACCAGCGCAGGCCCCACAGAACAUCCAAGUCAACUCCCUUUCUGCAAGCCAGCUGGAGCUCACCUGGGACCCUCCUCCUGCCGACAGCCAAAAUGGGAACAUCCAAGGCUACAAGAUUUAUUACUGGGAGAGCGAUGUCCAAAAUGAGACGGAGAAAAUGAAGGUGCUUUUCCUCCCAGAGACAACCGUCCGGCUCAAAAACCUGACCAGCCACACACGGUACAUGGUCUGCAUCUCUGCCUUCAACGCAGCCGGGGAUGGCCCCAGGAGCAGCCCCUCGCAGGGCAGGACGCACCAGGCGGCACCCAGUGCUCCCAGCUUCUUGGCAUUCUCCGAAAUCACUUGCACUACACUCAAUGUGUCUUGGGGCGAACCGACAGCAGCAAAUGGAGUCCUGCAGGGUUAUCGAGUAGUCUAUGAGCCUUUGGCUCCCAUCCAGGGGGUGAGCAAGGUGGUGACCGUGGACAUUAAAGGGAACUGGCAGCGCUGGUUGAAGGUCCGCGAUCUCACCAAGGGCAUGACCUAUUUAUUCAGAGUGCAAGCCCGAACCAUCGCCUAUGGACCUGAACUGCAAGCCAACGUCACAGCUGGGCCAGCAGAAGGGUCUCCCGGCUCCCCUCAGGAAAUUCUGGUGACAAAAUCUGCUUCAGGGCUGACACUGCAAUGGACUGAGGGAGAUUCAGGAGAAAAACCCACAACUGGGUACAUUAUAGAGGCACGACCCUCAGAUGAAGGACUGUGGGAUAUGUUUGUGAAGGACAUCCCUCGCAGCGCUACCUCUUACACCGUUGGCCUGGACAAACUCAAACAGGGAGUGACCUAUGAAUUUCGCGUGGUGGCUGUCAAUGAAUUUGGCUAUGGAGAACCAAGUGUUCCCUCCGUGGCAGUAUCAGCACAAACAGAAGCCCCUUUCUAUGAGGAGUGGUGGUUUCUACUGGUGAUGGCUCUCUCAAGUCUGAUCCUCAUCCUCCUGGUGGUGUUUGCAUUGGUCCUGCACGGUCAGAGUAAGAAGUACAAGAACUGCAGCACAGGUAAAACCAUCUCCAAUGUGGAAGAGUCGGUCACCCUGGAUAACGGAGGCUUCACUGCUCUGGAGCUCAACAGCAGACACCUGAACAUCAAGAGCACCUUCUCAAAGAAGAAUGGAACCAGGUCUCCUCCUCGCCCAAGCCCAGGGGGGCUGCACUACUCCGAUGAGGAUAUCUGCAACAAGUACAACGGAGCCGUGCUGACCGAGGGCUUGGGCCUGAAUGAGAAGCCCUUGGAAGUGUCAGAGUCAGAGGCCACUGACUCGGAUUAUGAAGACGAGUUGCCAAAACACUCCUUCGUGAACCACUACAUGAGCGACCCCACGUACUACAACUCGUGGAAGCGGCAGCAGAAAGGGGUGAAGCACCCGGCGUCCUACAGAUACGAGGAGUGCGCCGCCAGCGAGACAGAACCCUAUUUCCAGACUGUCAUCACGACACAGAGCUCAGGAGGGGUGUACACCCCAACGGGACAGCCCGCGCCCGGCUCCCGGACUCCAGUGACAGGGUUCUCCUCCUUUGUCUGA